GCACUACCUCAAAAAAGAAGAGCUGUGACCGAGCUCCUAAGCGCUGUGUGUUUUAGGUGUGAAUUUGUAUAUUAAGACAUGACCGGUGCGACUGUCUGAAAGGGAAUAUUGCAGCCUGUAAAAAUGAAGGGGCUUUUCCUUGUAGAGCCCGUGGUGGCCCUGUUUGCAUUCUCCAGUUUUCUCAUAUAUCCUCUGGUGCAGCAGUACGUGUACCGGAGGCUCUGGCAGGAGCUGACAAACACCACCUAUCCUAUCUCUGACAACACCUCCAGAUGUGCGGCAAACAGCAGCAAUCAUUCAAGCUAUAAUGAGGAGGUACAAAGACAGGCAUCUCUCUUCUCCCUUUACACAGAGCUCUUCUCCACAAUCCCCUCUUUGGUUGUCACUCUCAUGCUUGUGGCCUAUAGUGACCGGGGAGGACGGAAGAUCGCCAUCAUUAUGCCGCUGAUUGGCAUGUUGAUCUAUGCCUCGGCCUUCCUGACAGUGUCCUUCUUUGAACUCAACGUUUACUUGCUCAUUGGCUCCUCUCUUCUCAGUUCUCUCUUUGGCGGCUUGGGCACCUUUCUAGGGGGUUGUUUUGCCUACAUAGCAGACUUGUGUGAGGAUGAUCGUCAGAAGACGCUGCGCAUGGCUGGACUGGACAUGAUGAUCGGCUUGUUGUCUGGUGUGGCUUCAUUAUCAACAGGCUACUUCCUGAGAGCUGCAGGCUUUAACUGGCCUUUCCUAACCUCUGCAUUGUGUCAGAUUUUGACCAUACUCUAUGCAGUUUUCAUUCUGGAAGAGACUGUGAAGAGGCCCCCAGCAGAUGCUGUUAUUCUAGAUGAGUCUUCUCAGCGCUCAGCCCUGAAACAGAUGAUCUAUGGGGUCUACAAGAUGUUUACAGGGGCCAGCCGCAGGUGUAAAACUGUUUUGAGCCUCCUGAUGCUCAUCUUCACCAGCUUCUCCUUUGCUUAUAUGGGUGGGGUCACCUUGAUGACUCUAUAUGAGCUCAAUGAACCACUGUGCUGGACUGAGAUUUUGAUUGGCUAUGGCUCAGCAUUGUCCACCACUGUGUUCCUGAUCAGUUUUGUGGGAGUGCUGGCAUUCACAUACUGUGGUGUACCACAGCUGCUCAUUGUACUGAUGGGAAUCCUGUCUGUUGUAACAGGCAUGGUCCUGACAGCCUUUGCCAAGACCACUUUACUGAUGUUUCUAGUGAGGGUGCCAAUGCUUCUGUCUAUCAUGCCUUUCCCUGUUCUGCGCUCAAUGAUGUCAAAGGUCGUCUCAAAGUCUGAGCAGGGAGCCCUGUUUGCCUUGCUUUCCUUUCUGGACAGUUUAACUACCAAUGUAUCCGUUGCAGUCUUCAACAGUGUCUAUGCUGCUACAGUGGCAUGGUACCCUGGCUUCAUUUUCCUGUUGGCUGCAGGACUGUGUGCCAUCCCUUUGUUUGUCCUUGGGGUGGUGGGUGUGAUAGGAGUGGAUGUUGCCAAAGAGGUCAAAAAGCCAGAGGCGGAUCCUGUUGAAGAUCAGAACGACAACAGUCCUCUUCUUAGCUGAGCCGUAUGAACUGCCAAAAUCUCACCAGCACUUUGUUAAUUUUUUCCCCCAGGUGUUUAGUCUAAGAUAUUUGUGACUACACUGACUCUUGUUUUCAGUUACAGAUUCAUCUCAUAGGUUUUGAUGCAGUGUGCUAUUGAAGUUGAAGAACAGGUAGAUAUGACAGAGAUGAUGUUGACAGGUUCUGAAGCAGUGAUCUUUUUUUCCCCACAAGAACAUUGAUGUUGACAAGAUGGUAGCAUAAAUAGGAUAUAAAGCAUUUCAGUGAAGGGAUAUUAAGUUAUGCACAUGAAAGCUAACAGGAUUUCAAUUAAGAGUGGUGUGGGAGUGUUCUCAGACAUUAUUUAUACCUCAAAAUGGCCUGACUGUGACAUAUAUGAUAUAUAUAUUCAAAAGGCUUUAAUGUGUUUUCAUGAAGUUUUACAGUGUGAUAUGAUCUGCAGUUUUAAAAAUAUGUGUGUUCAUUGUUACAGUUAUGAACUGAUUCAGGUCUGUGAUACAUUUUGUCCUUUUGUCUUUCCUUUUUAUUGCAAUAUUAGUUAACGUCUUUACAAAGAGCUUCACUUGCACUUGUUUCUAAAUAGACAUUUCAGGCAGUCAGUGCACCAAAUAUGCAAUGUAACAAACAUUAUAUUUUUCAAAAAAAUCUACAAUUUUGAUGCAUUGUAUUCACUAAAAUCCACAUUAGGUGAUGUGAAAUACGUAAACCACAGAAGGAGGAAGGGGUUUUUAAAAGGAACCAACUACUCUAAGCCAGGGUGAGAGCUGGAGUAUAAGUGCGUAUGCAGGGUAUUUAUUUUUACUUUAGUAACCACACAAAUUUUAAAAUCCUGACUGCAAUGUUCUUUGGUCACUCAAUUCCAAAUGCUGUAGAAGAAACACUGAGACAUUGUUAGUUUUUCUCUUUUUUUUAAUCUCAAAAGUUAAAAUUUAAUAGAUCAAAUGACAAAUGGUCAAGUUUUUUUGUUUCUAUAAUCUUCUUCCUUUGUUUUUAUAUAAAUAAAAUAAAAAAAAAACAAAAAAAUAAGACAAUAAGGGGUUUUCUAGGAGAAUCCAAUUUCACCCCAAUUAUCGGACUGUAGUUUUCUCAGUGUGAUUAAAUUUCAGCAUGCUUAUUCUGCUUCCAGAUGGUAUAUAUUAAAUAUCAGGGUCGCUAGAGUCUGGUUUCUAAAACAAUAAAUUUCACCUUAGUGAGAGAGGUUUGAUUCAAAUUCCCAGGCAGGCCAGGAACAAAUGUUUAAGCAAUGCUGUCAUUUGUAAAUUAACCACUAGAUGUCACUCUUGAUCCAGGCAAACAUGCACAGUGGCGUGUUGUACACCCACAUCAUCAUCAGCCAGUAGACUAGACUUUAGAGUAGGUUGUAUCUCACUAACUCAGUGUUAAACUCUGUUUUGUUUUUCAUAAAUAAUGUUGUCUUUCAAAUGAAAUUCCUAAAACAUCACAAAUGUUUAUGCGUAAGUGUAAAUCCCCUAUGUGUAUACAUUCCUUUUCAAUAUGCUGGAGUGUAGAUCAUACAGAUAGAGAAGAUUUACUGUUCUGCUCUGUAAAUUCUGUUUCUUCAUAGCUUACAAAGGGACUAUUGACAACCAUAAUAAACUUCAUUAUGUUGUCAGUGCACCCACAAUUUAAUUUAAUGGUCUGAUAACCACGUAAGAAUUGUCUCCACAUAAUGUUGUGGUCCCCAAAUAAAAGUGUCAUUUCUGAGGAGAAUAUAAAUCAUCUAGUCCAGUUAAUGUCCCGGAAAUCAUUUUGGUGACCAAUUAAUGUUGA